AUGUCAUUAGAUUUGCACGACAACAAUUUAGUUGGGGAUGUUCCACUUUCCUUAGCGAAUUGCAGUUCGUUAACAGUGUUGAACUUAUCCUACAACAAGCUAAGCGGAACAGUUCCAACCUCCCUUUGCAAAGCUACAUACCUUCAAAUUCUCGACUUGUCUGUCAAUAACUUACAUGGUAAUAUACCUCUCUGCCUAGUGAAGAAUCUUCCUGCCCUUAAUUUAGGAAGAAAUAACAUCUCGGGCCGUGUCCCAAACUUUGCUGCCAAUUGUAGCCUACAGUAUCUGGAUCUCAACAACAACAAUUUAAUCGGGGAAGUUCCACCAUCUCUGAAAAAUUGCAAAAUGUUGAAGGCCAUGGAUGUUGGAGGCAACAUGUUGGAAGGUCCUUUCCCAUGCAUGCUUCCGUUGAGCUUGCGCGUGCUUGUGUUGCGCGACAACAGAUUCCAUGGAGAGCUGAGAUGUAACAAGAGCUGGCCAAAUCUUCAAAUUAUCGACAUAGCUAACAAUAACUUCAGUGGCAAUGUGGAUUCUUUGAGGUUUUCAGGUUGGAGACAGAUGAUGAGAGAUACUGUCGCAAGGAUGAGUAACAAAAACUUGGCUUUCGCGGUCCCAAAUUUCAAUAGCUCAACGGGAUACAAAGAAGAGGUAUCACUAAUCAUCAAAGGGGCGGAGCGGAAUCUUGUCAAGAUUUGGCCAGACUUUACAUCCAUCGACUUAUCUUGCAAUAGUUUCCAAGGAGGCAUCCCUGACUCGUUGGUUGAGCUCAACGGACUUUAUCUUCUCAACUUAUCCCACAAUAGUCUCACAGGAACAAUCCCUAAAUCGUUGAGUAACUUGAUGGGGCUUGGAGUACUGGACCUCUCAGUGAACCAGUUAGCGGGGAAGAUACCUAAGGAGAUAGCAGGGCUCACAUUCCUUUAG